AACAUGAAAAUCAUCAAUUAAAAUUAAGAAAAAUUAAGGAUUUUAAUUUGAGCACAUCAGAGAAGGAAAGACUUGCAAAAGAGAAGUAUGAAGAAAGGUUAAGAAUAGAAGAAAAAGAAAGAGCUAAUAGAACAUACUAA